UAGAAUGUUUCCCGAGAAAAUAAUUCAUUUAAUUUUCUCGAGAAAAUAGUUUGCUGGAGAUAGAAUACGUUCGCAUCUAGUAACAAAUUUUGGACCUAAUAAAAUUCAUUUUCUUCCUUUUUCCUCAACACCAACCAUGUGAAAUGAACUAUCUUAGGAAUUCGAGGAAACAUAACUACUUGCCUUCGCUCAAAAUUUUACCGCAAACCAAACAUCCAAAUUCUUCCUUUUCCACUGCUACUUUAGAAAACCCAGAUACUCAUCAAAGCGAAAAUGUCAUUCCCGCCAAUUUUCCAAACCACCCACCACAAAGGAGUCACUUGGUUUACCCCAGUAACGUGACUAAGAAAAUCCCAAUCUCCCAAUUAUGCAGUAAAUCUUCACACCUUGAUCAACAUCAAUUCAGUGGUACCAUUUCGUCAAAUAAGUUGAUCACCAACUAUAUUCGAUCUGGGGAUUUAGAUUCUGCUGUCAGAGCUUUUGAAAGAAUGGUAAUCAAGACGACAGUAUCAUGGAAUUCAAUAUUAGCCGGGCUCGCAAAGAAGCCCGGCAAAAUGAAAGAAGCACAAGACCUGUUUGUAAGAAUUCCAGAACCGGACACUGUUUCCUAUAACAUUAUGUUGGUUUGUCAUUUAUACAAUUGUGGUAUUGCUUCUGCAAUGGAAUUCUUUCACAAGAUGCCUGUUAAGGAUACAGCAUCUUGGAAUACUAUGAUAUCUGGUUUUGCUCAAGAUGGAAAAAUGCAGAGAGCAAAGGAGCUGUUUUCGUCAAUGCCGGAAAAGAAUAGUGUCUCAUGGAGUGCAAUGAUUUCGGGAUAUGUGCAAUGUGGGGAUUUGGACUCUGCUGUGGAGUUGUUUGAGAUAGCUCCUGUUAAGAGUGUUGUGGCAUGGACUGCAAUGGUUACCGGGUAUAUGAAGUUUGGGAAGAUCGAAUUAGCGGAGAAAAUAUUUCAUGAGAUGCCCGUGAGAAAUAUAGUAACUUGGAACGCUAUGAUUGCAGGUUAUGUUGAAAAUUCUCGAGCUGAGGAUGGUUUGAAGCUCUUCCAAAGAAUGAUACGAUCUGGGGUUAAGGCAAAUGCAUCAAGUUUAAGCAGUGUUCUACUGGGUUGCAGUGACCUAUCAGCGUUGCCAUUGGGUAAACAAGUACAUCAGCUUAUUAAUAAAUCUCCUUUGUAUUAUGAUACAACUGCAGGGACUUCAUUGAUUAGCAUGUAUUGUAAGUGCGGAGAUAUGGAGGAUGCUUGGAAGUUGUUUCUCGAGAUGCCAAGAAAAGAUGUAGUCACUUGGAAUGCGAUGAUUACUGGCUAUGCUCAGUAUGGAGCAGGUCAAAAAGCUCUCCAGCUGUUUGGGGAGAUGAGAGACAAUGGAGCAAAGCCUGAUUGGAUAACCUUUGUCGGAGUAUUACUGGCUUGCAACCAUGCUGGGUUGGUAGAUAUUGGUGUUCAAUAUUUUGACUCAAUGGUAAGAGAUUAUGGAAUUGAAGCUAAGCCAGAGCAUUAUACAUGUAUGGUUGAUCUUCUCGGGCGAGCUGGUAGGCUAGUUGAAGCUGUAGAUUUGAUCAAGAAAAUGCCAUUUGAACCACAUUUGGCCAUUUUCGGGACUCUUUUGGGGGCUUGUAGAAUUCACAAGAACUUAGAGGUAGCAGAGUAUGCAGCCAAGAAUCUGCUUAAUCUUGAUCCAAAAAAUGCAGCUGGCUACGUUCAGCUUGCUAAUAUUUAUGCAGCCACAAGCAGAUGGGAAUGUGUUGCUAAGAUAUGGCAGUCAAUGAAAGACAAUAAGGUGGUUAAAACACCUGGUUAUAGUUGGAUUGAGGUAAAGAAUGUAGUUCAUGAGUUCAGAUCAGGUGAUCGAAUGCACCCAGAAUUAGCCACUAUACACGAAAAACUAAUUGAGUUAGAUAAGAAAAUGAAACUUGCAGGUUAUGUUCCAAAUCUCGAAUUUGCAUUACAUGAUGUGGGUCAAGAGCAGAAAGAGCAGCUUCUGCUAUGGCACAGUGAAAAGCUAGCAAUCGCCUUAGGUCUCAUAAAAAUGCCUGCAGGCAUACCAAUUCGGGUUUUCAAAAACUUGAGGAUAUGUGGAGAUUGCCAUCGUGCAGCCAAGUAUAUAUCUGCAAUAGAAAGAAGGGAAAUUAUUGUUAGAGAUACUACAAGAUUUCACCAUUUCAAAAAUGGGAUUUGCUCUUGUGGUGGUUACUGGUAAAUUUUCAUGACUACCAGUUCCAAGUGUUUCUUCUUUCAAUUUGUGUUAUAUGGUCAUCUGCAGCAUUAGGAAGUUAUUAUCGGUCUGAGUUUCUUUAAAAAAAUUCAUAUACAAGAAAAGAACAGCAGUGUUAGGAUGAAAUUACCCCACAUAGUCUUCUAUUGAAGUUCCCAAGCAAGCCAGCUAUGGCUUUGGAUGAAUGAUAAAGAUGCUUGUGCUGUAGGAUCUACUUGAUCUAACAACUGCCUACCUUUGCUGCCUAGAAAUUACUUCAUAUUCUGGGAUUAAUAUAAUAUUAAAGUAAAUAAAAGAAAUGAAUCCGAUAAUGGGUUUAGACCAAAGUCGGCUUCUACAUGUGUUCUGUUUGAGAAAGAAAUGAAUUGCAGUUUGUGCCUUGUGGUCUGGACCCUGAUAUUAGAUAUGCGUGAUUGGGGUAAUGAGGGCAUUUUUACGUCGGCCAGAAAAACAUCGCAAUUUUCCCACCUGGUUGUUUGAAAUCUCAGUGGGUGCAGUUGGUUAUACAUUCAGAACAAUAGAACUUCAAAAAUUGAAUUUCACUGGUACAUUUCAUGAAUCAUUAUGUUCUGAGUGGAAAGAUCUAAUCUUUUCUAUUUCAGGAAGAACAAGGCGAACGCCAUGAACCACAUGGCAAUACUUAUCAAAUGGUCUCCCCCAGUUUUUGGGCUUCAAUGAAUAAAAGGCUUAUUCUUAUUCAGAUCCAAUGAAAAUCAUAAGUUCUUUUUGUUCUCUCAUGAAGAAGGAAACACCAUUGAAACUUUCAUGAACAAGCCAAAUUUUUUCAAAAUGAAUUUAAAAUUUUCAUGUACUUAUCUUAGCAUUUGGCCAAAGGAAGGCAACUGAAAAAUAACAGAACAUAACAAGGCAAAUACUGCUAUCCAUCAAUAUUCCCUAAUUUGUACAAAUGUUUUUGAAAAUCAAAUACAUUGAAAAGAAUGGAAUCUUUAACAUAGUGCUGACAACUGACGAGAAAAGCAAUUCAUGAGGACAAUAAUCUGCAUAUGAAAGCAUUAACAUAAAGAACUAGUUUUACAUUCCACGGACAACACCAAUUAACAUCUUUAACCACCAAUUAACAUCUUUAACCACCAGAACAUUUCCCCCUCUAAGAUGAGCAGCAACCAGACUUCUGGUUGACGGGCUGUCCUCGGAUCUGCACAGUUGGAGGCCUGGCAU